CUCCUCCCUCUCUUUAUGCAGCUGGAGAAAAAGCAGGAGAGAGAUUCUCUCCGUUCUCUCCGCUGCAAUUACUGCUCCUUUUCUUUUUCAUUUCCGAGAUCUUGAUCCGAAAAUUUUCGCGGAAUUUCAUUUCAGCGUCUUUCAUCGUAGUUUCCAGGUCGGAUUGGAGAGAUCCAGGUUCUGAAGGCAGAAAAUCGCCUUCGAUUCUCUCUAUAGUUUCGGAUUUUGGGAUAGGGGACGGUGAGAAGAUCUAGAUCUUGUUCUUUUGAGAACAUUUACUCGUAAAGUCAGGGUUUCGUGGCGAAAAUUGCUGCUGUUUUCGUACUGUGGAGGAAUAUCUGUUCGUUUCGUAAUUCAGGAAGGUGCACUGGGAGGCAGUAUUUUGGACUUCUUUUUUUCUUGCCUGUGGAUAUGAAGGACUCAAGGUGUACCAUGGAUAGCUCAGAAGGUGGAUCCAGAACAUAUGAGAAGAAUUUGGCCGAAGAAAUGAGCGAGUUGAGGAAACUGACAACAGCUGUCAUGAUGGAGAAAUGUCGCAGCAGGAAUGAAGGGGUUGUAUGCCCGAAACCAAGAAGACGACAUGUCAGACAAUGCAGAGAGCAGAACGAUCUAAAAACUGGACCAGACCUUUCGGAUAUCAUAAUUGCAAACAAGGCUUCUCCACCCUAUUAUUCAGGCUCCCCUCCAAUUCGUGCCAGCAACCCUCUUAUCCAGGAUGCCCACUUCAGCGAGCAGAGGGCGUCGAGUUCCAUACUCACCCUUUGUGCCGAAGGCUUGGACAGCAUCAACCACAAGCGCAAGACAUCGAGGGGAAUCCUGUCAAUGGCAUGAAAUCUAUAUGCAACAGGCAGCAAUUUUUGCCCCCGCCUCCCACUGUCCCAUGAGAAGAAAAGGAAAAGAAAACAAAAAAAAGGCAGGUUUGAUAGUGUACAGAGUUUCUUUCGUUCAGUCGUGCAUGCAUGUACAUAGAGGUUUGCCAUAAUACAUCCUGACAAAUUGCAAUAGUAUGCAUCCAGGCUUUAGCCAUUGGAUC